GUAGGAUGACCUUGCCCUGGUCGUCGAUAUCAAGUUCGGGUGAGGCGUUCGCUGAGAGCAGGUUGGACCUCUCGGAGACGAUCGCGGCACUGAGCGGCGGCCAGAUACGGUCAUGGCACUUGACAACCACGAGCUCAGGUGCUUUAGACGAGAUGGGUACUCUGUCGAGCAUCAGCACAAACUUUUCGGAAAGACUGAUUGUGGACAGCGCCGGGACUGUGGUUGGUGCAGGGAUGGGACAGAUUAGGGGUUAGAGCUUGGAGACGUGGAACGCAAGGGCUGACAAGUGGGUUUUAUGCUUAGGUGCAAGGCCGACGAAUUAGAAAGUAAGACUUGUAUGAGACACAUAGCAGGUAAACGACAAGCGAGC